UACAUUACGGAAGUAGAAGAUGCAUUUGUAUGCUUAUCAUUAGCCACUGACAUGCUGAGGACACAGAGCGUUCUCUUAUAGCUCAAACUCCUUCUUCAAGAGCUUCUUUGCAACUUCAUCUGCCAUUUGUUCCUUAUUUCAGGUAAGGAAGGCCCAGAAAAAAAUGCUUCCAUCUGUGAUAGUAGUCUUUAUGCUUCUGUCGUGCUCCUGUGGAGAGAACCCUGCAAUACAAGUCAUCCUAACAAACAAAGGUCUCCAGUAUGGGAAACAUGUGGGGACCGGAUGGAUUCAGGAGAAGUUGACGCAAAUAACCUUUCCUGACAUCAAUGGUGAUGUUGACAUCUUUAUUGGAAGGGUAUACUACACGCUAUCAGGUGUGACUAUACAAAAGUGUGAUCUUCCAGAGCCUGUCGUUGAGUUUGUCAAGGAUAUAGGCCUGAAGACAUCCAUCACAGGUCUCAGUUUGGCCCUUACUGGUGAUUGGAGGACACGUUUUGGUUUAAUACAUGAUGGUGGAUCAUUCAACAUGGCUAUAUUUAACACUGAUGUGACCUCUGUUAUGCACCUGGGGAGUGAUGCUGAGGGGCAUCUGUCUGUCACCAACAUCAACUGUAACGCUGCAGUCAGAGAUGUUGACAUACAGUUCUCCGGUGGAGCCAGUUGGAUUUUUCAGCCAUUUGUCAAGUAUUUCAAGGGACAGGUCAUUGGGAUAAUACAAAAUACAAUCUGUCCUGAAGUUGAGGACGCCAUCGUGGAGUUGGACCACCAUCUACAGGCUAUGAACGUUUCCUUUGGUGUAAAUGAAGUUCUCACUCUCGACGUCCCUCUCACUGGUCUCCCUGUCGUUGAUGCUUCAAAUCUGAAGUUAGGGUUAAAGGGGGAGUUCUACAGCAUCAAAACUCACAAAGAGCCUCCCUUUGUGGCCCAGCAAUUCACCUUGCCUGAGCAGGCGGGCUAUAUGCUGUCGAUGGGAAUGUCUGAGUUCACUCUGAACUCUGCCUCAUUUGGGUACUUCUCAGCAGGACAGCUUCAAGUCCUUAUCAAUGACAGCAUGAUGCCUCCUUAUUGUCCUUUUCACCUGAAUACCUCCUCAAUGGGAAUGUUCAUUCCUCAGCUUCCCAAGAUGUUUCCAGGUUUGUUGAUGAAUCUUAUGUUGUACGCCAGAGAGGCUCCAGUGUUUUCCUUCCAGCCUGGCGCUGCUGUCCUGGGGGCCCAAGUCAGUGCAAAGGCCGUCGCCAUUGAACCAAAUGGUACUCAGGUCCCACUGUUCAAACUCAACAUUGACUCUAACAUCACCAGUAAAUUGAUAAUUGAUAAAGGAAAGCUGAUGGGUUCUGUGAUAUUAGAUAACAUUACCUUGACACUGGCCUCAAGUGAAAUUGGAGCCUUUAAGACUGAUUCUUUGGAAAAGGUAGUAAAGACAGGAAUGGGUCUGGCCUUAGGAAAAGUCAACGCAACACUGAGAAAAGGGAUCAUUUUACCAAGAAUGAAACACAUACAACUUGUCAACACAGUUCUGAAGAUGGAGAAGGGGUUUGUAGCCAUUUCUUCAGAUGCGGAGACUCUGCAAACAGAUAGACGCUCCUACUUAUAAACAUAAAAUGUGUAAAAUUGAUUUUUUUUCUUGGUUCAUACUCAAACUUUCUAGCCUUUAAACUGAUUUGGUCUAAAUCUUUCUCCACAAGGGAAAAGCACCUUGUGUAAACCUCAAUCUACCACAUCUUUCCAAGCCUUGCUAUCCAAUAGACUAACACCUAAACAGAUAAUGAACACAUAUGUACACAAAUAUGUCUCAUCAUUAGUGAGUCUGGUGCUCAGAUAUACAACUGGUCGACAACUGAAAGAGUACUGUCUGUAUUUGCUUCAAAUUAAAUAUUAAUACACUUA